AUUCCGAUAUCUGGACUCUUGAGCAACAAUUAACGCGAACACGUUUCCGGUUUAUCAGACUCAGAAUUCAGAAGUCGAUACCGUUCUCUCUCAGUCUCUGUAUCUCAUUCUCUAUUUUCGUGUGAAAUAAGCUAAGUUUCUGCAAAUUCUGGCUUCAAUGGCGAGAGCUAAUCGAGACGCAAUCGAUACGUUUAUGAGCAUUACCGGUGCAUCCGAGGAUGUGGCGUUACAGAGACUGGAGGAUCAUGAUGGUGAUCUCAAUGAAGCUGUCAAUGCACAUUUUAGUGCAGGAGAUAGAAACACAACACAACGGGCACCUGUUGCGGCAUCUCAAAAUGAUUUCAUGGAAAUAGAUGAUCCAAUUGGACUUGAAACCCGAGAGCCUCCUUUACCAUUUCUAUCUUCUGGUAGAAAUUUGAACCCAUUCUCACUUCUUGACCCCAAUUUUGGUAGAAGUUUUUUUGAAAGCAGGGGUGCUUCCGAGUUUUCCAGCCGUGCACCAUUUGUUUCACAUCCAAGAGAGGUUCGGGAGAUCCCCAUAGAGGUCAAGGAUGUAAAUGACCAGCCUGGUCAUUCUGGACCUGCUCCUACUAUCGAAGAUGUCACUGGAACUGCAUAUGCACAUGGUCCUGAAACUCAUGGACGUGUCAUAAUUGAUGAUGAAGUGGAUGAAAUUACUCCGAUUGAUCCCCUUGCACAUACUGAAGGCCAUAAUGAAAGAGAAACUAGCUUUUCAGGUAACAGUCUUCAUCAGGCACGUGUCGCAAGUGCUCCUGAUUUAGACAGCGACUGGAGUAAUGAUAUAGAAGAAGAGAUGGUCCGAGCUGCCAUUGAAGCUUCAAAGCGAGAGGUUGAAGAGGGGUAUCCAAAUCGGCAACUUGGUAUUGCUAAUGACUCAUCAAGUCCUGGAAUACAACAACAAACACAAUCUCCAUUAGAUGAUACUGAUCUUGCACAGGCAGUUUCAUUGUCAUUAAGGACGGCAGAGCAAGAGAAAGCACGCCGUGAGCAGGGUGAGUCAGUUGGAGCAGCUCAACAGCAUGCUUUUAGCCCAUCUGAUGUAGGAGGGUUGGGAAAACUACCAUCAACAAAUGAGAGGCAAGGAUUUGGUUCGUUGGGCAAGGAAACUUCAAGUCAAUUUAAGUUGGAGGCAGGAAGCUCAUCUGUGCAGGAUGAAGCUGAGGAUGUAGACGAGCAGCCAUUGGUGAGGCACAGGUCUAGACGUAUUUCUUUUGGAUCUAUGGAAUCUGCAAAAGAUGAUGGAGAAAUGAGCGACAGUCCCCCGUCAAGUCCUCGACCUCAUGAUGUUGGUACUGAUCAGGAGCGCAAUAGGGAAAAUUUCCCUUCUGAUGAAUGGGGAGGCAUAUCUUCAGAGGAACAUGAUGAAGCAGUUAUGCUUGAAGCUGCACUUUUUGGUCGAAUUCCUGAAGGGACUGCAUAUCGCUUUGAUGUGGGUUCCUAUCCUCUUCGAACACCACGCCCUCCUUCUCCCACUCUAGCAGCUCAACGGUUACUGCGAGAACAGCAGGAUGAUGAGUAUCUUGCUUCACUACAAGCUGAUCGAGAAAAAGAAUUGAAGGCCAGGGAGGAAGCUGAAGCUCGUCGCUUAGAAGAAGAAGCUGCUAGAGAAGCUGCCCUUGAAGAAGAGAGACGUAAGGAGGAAGAAGCUCGCAUGAAAUUGCUAGAAGAAGAGGAAUUUGAAAGACAACUAGCUGCAAAAGAAGCUUCUCUUCCUCAGGAACCUGCUUCAGAUGAUGAGAAUGCUGUAACUCUUCUUGUCCGGAUGUCAGAUGGUAGCCGCCGUGGCCGUCGCUUUCUUAAGUCAGACAAGCUUCAGUCGCUCUUUGACUUCAUCGAUGUGGGUAGGGGUGUUAAACCUGGUACCUACAAAUUGGUGAGGCCAUAUCCUCGGCGUGCUUUCAGUGAUGGUGAGAGUGGGUUAUCUCUGGGAGAACUAGGUCUAACGAGCAAGCAAGAAGCCUUAUUUAUAGAGUUGAUUUAGGAAAUUCCAUUCCGUACUGUGAAAAAGGGGGGUGGGGGGUUGGCAAAAAAGAGAAAUUUUAAUUAGCUCUUUAAAAUGACAGAACAUGCAUGACCCGUUGGAAUGCCAGAACUGCGAAAGACUGCUUCUUCGUCCGAAACUGAAAAAUAUUGAACUUGUACCAGUCACCCUAGCUAUUCUGGUUUGUGAGCAGGAUAAUCGUUACAAUUCAUGGUGUUUGAUUGGUUGAUGGAUUUGUAUAUGCACAAAAAAUAUUUAUUAUUAUUAUUUGAUCGUUUCAUAUGAAACU